AUGGAGGUUGAGAGUCAUGGAAGUGGUAUAGGGGUUUCUAUAGGUGUUCAAAAUAGUAAUGGUGGAUCUGGUGGGUUCAAUGACCUACCUAAUCCAAAUAAUGAAUAUCAAACGAUUAUCAAUCAGUUACAACUGUUCAAUUCUCAGAUAGCUACUUUCGAAGAUGGGUACAAACAUAAGGUUCAAUACUUACCGUCAUACAAUGAGAAGAUACAAGCAUACGAAAAGGAACCUUUGGUAGACCAUCAAGCUCGAAAAUUCAUGUUGGAAUCAGUGAUACCUAAACUUAAUGAUAUUGCCAAUAGUGAAGAUCCCCAUAAUGUGGAUGCUUUGGUAACAUUAGGAGAUAUUUAUACAUUUGGGAAUUAUUCUAUGACUAGUGAUUACCCUAAAGCCCUUGAAUACUACGAAAGAGCCAUAACUAUUAAAUCACAUGGCCAUGCUUAUUUCAUGUUGGGUUUCAUAUACUCCACAGGAAUGUUUGGGGAAAUCCCUGUUAACCAGCCAAAAUCUCAAUUAUAUUAUCAAUUGGCUGUGGAAAAUGAUGAUGUUAACGCUUUAAUGGUGAUGGCAUAUAAACUUUCCGAAGGGAUUGAUGUUCCUAAGAAUGAUGAACUAGCUUUAGUGUAUUAUUCCAGAUUAGCUCAAUUCGGUUAUGAGUUUUAUAAAGCAAAUGAAGAUGAAAUUGAACCUGCAGAAAUAUCUUUUGAUGUUAAAUUACCUGAUUUCAUUGGAGGUAUUUAUGGAGAUGAUGUUAGUGAAUCAAUCAAAUCAGUGGCAACUUCAAAAAAAGCAGUAUUAGAAUCUUACGAUCACCUUCAAUACUAUGAAACUGACGCUGUAGUGGAUUUAUUUGAUUCUAAAAUGAUCCAUCAUUAUUUCCAUGCUUUACAUGAUUAUGAUGGUUAUUAUGAUACCCCUAAAGAUUAUGGAAAAGCUAAGGAUUCUUUGGAACAAUGUAUCGAGGUAGGUAAAAAGUUACCAACAUACAAGAAACUCAGCUCCAUGUCAUUUAAUGACAAAAUCAGACUCAGUAAAUGUUUCCUGUUACUCGGACACAUGUAUAUGAAAGGUCAAGGUGUAGAAAAAGACUACCAUAAUGCCACAGAGUUAUUCCAUGAACUGAUAAGGUUUUUUAAUGAUUCCGAUGCUUUAAGUGACUUGGGUUACAUAUAUGAGAAAGGUUUACUUGAUGAACCAGAUUUGGCUAAAGCUAGAAAUUAUUAUAAUGAAUCUUACAUUCAGUCUUCGGAAACUGGAGCAAGAAGAAUUUCACAAUUGAUGAUGUCUUCAGUACCAUAUGAUGAUAUAAUGGCCAGUGAUAUGAGAAAAGAAAUAGUCUUAUUCAUGAAGGAUGCCACUAACAGAGGCGAUACGGAAGCGUUAUUUCAUUUUGGUAAUUUCAUUCAACUGGGUUAUACUCAGGGUGUUUUGAAACCCUAUAGUGUUAGCACCAAUAUCUUGUAUUAUAAGAUUUUCAUUCAAAGAUUGGGGAGAUAUUUCUUCCCCCAUUUGAAAUAUGCAUUUGAUCAAUUGAAUAGUUAUAACUAUAAGAGUGCCUUAGUUGGAUACCUGAUUGCUGCUGAACAAGGAUUGGAUAAAGCUCAAAUAUCUGCCGCAUGGCUAUUAUAUCAAUUAGAUCCUUUCCCCUUGAAAGAUACUAAGCAAUAUUCUCAUCAUAGGGUGAAACAUGCAAUGACAUAUCUUAAGAGAGCGAGUGACCAAGGAGAUAUGGAUGCCACUAUAUUUUUAGGGGACAUAUAUUUCUAUGGAGUUGAAGGAGGCAAUAUCACCGUAGAUUAUGAGAAAUCAUUUAAUCUUUAUUCUAAAGCUGCCAAUUCUCAAUCACCUCAUGGUUGCUUCAGUCUUGCCUAUAUGUACGAACAUGGAUUAGGAGUUGCUAAUAAUACUAUUGAUUAUUUCAUGGCCAAAAGAUAUUACGAUUUGAGCUUGAAAUAUCGUGUUGCUCGAACAAAGGAAAACAAUAUCCCAAUUUAUUUUGCCCUUUUGAAGAUUCGUAUCAAAUACUUGAUUUGGGGACAGAGAGUUGAAUCUACAGAGGAACAAAAAAGUUGGUUCAGUCUUCUUAAACAAUUGGGGUCUGAUUAUGAUCAACAACAGCAACAAGAACAAGAAGAUGACACUAAAGCUAGACAACAACACGAGAACGUUGAGGGAGAAUAUUGGGCAGAUGAAGAAUUUGGUUUUGGAGAUUUUAUAGUACUUGCCAUAACAGUGAUGGUUUUUUUGACCUUUUUUGUUAGAGGGAUCAACCAAAGAUUAAGAGGUGGAGGUCAACGAAGACCCGGGGAACCUCAACAACCUGGAAAUAAUGAUAAUGAACCUUGGAGAGUAGAGUUUAGAGGAGCAAAUUUUGAAUUUCAGUUCUUUGCCUUAUAA